UAUAAAUUUCGAGUGUUUUUUUUUAUCAUGAAAAGAACUGACAGAAUGUUUAAUUUUUUGUCAAACUGAAAUUUCCAAAAGAUAUUUACUUAUAUUAACCAUUUAAACCAGUGAAUCGAAAGACUUGUUUGUAACAAUUAAGUGAAAAUGGAAAAUAGUUGGGCCUUCAAUUAAAAGGCCUUUGGUAGCUGUUCGUUGUUUGAACUGUAAUCAUCUCGUCUUUGAAUGUGAAUGUUGAUUAUUUAUUGAUACGUUUUCCAUAAAUACAGUUGAUUUCUUUAUUCAUCUUUACCUUUGAUCCUCAUGGCAGAAGUAACAAGUAACCAAUCAAUCGUCAAGUUGGACUGUGGUCACGAUAAAAGUGACGUUUUUUAUGUUCACAAGUGUUUGAAGACAUUUUGUAGAAAGUGUAAACUAGAAAAUCGCUCAUGUGUCUUGUGUAAAUCUGAACUCUUAGAAACUGAUUAUCUCAAAGCAAUUGACAGGAAGAAAUGUGAAGAUGAUUCCGUUUGCAACAAUCAAGCCAUUUUCCAGUGUUUGUGCGGUAAAAAGUAUUUUUGUGAGGAUCAUUUAUUCAAAUUUCAUCGACCAAUUUUACCAUCAAAAAGAUGUUGUGCUGUGAUUCUCAGUUCGGACUUAGAUGACCAACCAUGUUCCAUAUGUAACAACCGUAUCGCUGAAUUUGUGGACAAUACAACUAAUGAGCUUUUCUGUGCUUCAUGUAAUCAGAAUAAUAACUCAGUUAAUAUUGUGCCCAUUGAACUAGACAAUAACAACAACGAUACCGACAACACAAGCAUAGCCAAAAACGUCGAAAUUUAUUGUGCUGAUGUUCGUAAGCGACUGGAUCUAUUGAACAACAAGAUAAAAGAUUAUACGAUCGAGAUAGAAAACGAAAAGGCCGAAUUCAAUAAAGGAAUUGGCCACAUGAGAAGUAAAUUAGAAAGUUACUUGAGUGUCAACAAGGCCAAAAUAGACUCUUUGCGAACGGAAGUAAACAAAGUAAAACAAUUUUCGAAUCAAUUGAAUCGCAGUGAUAAAUUUGGAAUAAUCGAUCUCAUCAAGUCGAAUAAGCUUAACAAUAAACUCGCGGACUCGAAAUUAAAGUUAUGGGUCGAAGAGAUAGUUCAAUCGUAUGUUAUUCCUGAAUUAACCAAAUCGGGUGUAGAUUGGACUAAAGAAUCUGGAAAAGCUUUUCGCGAGUUGGUUCCUGGUCCGCGGAACUGGAAGCUUAAUCAUGGUCCUUUUUUUCCUGACAAUUUUCUCAAAUUAACUUACGACUUAAUCAAAGAACAAAUUUUCCACCGAACUAUCUGUAGAGCUUCAUCUUGUUACUGUGAACAAAACAGUCUCACGAAAAAAUUUUACGACCUUAAGACUGAAUGUAAACUUUCACAAAAUAAUCUGGAUUAUUUUCUCGAUUGCUCAUCAAUCGCUGGUGGUUGUAUAACUCUAUUGAUUGAAACUGGUAAACGAGCUCUUAAUCAGUCUGAUUUUAUCGUCGCUGAAGUUUGUUUUGAAGAAGCUCAUCGAAUCAGUCCGAACAAUUGGAUUGCUCUUGACACUUUAAUGGGUCUUUAUUUCGUUCUAAAUGACUUCAGUAACUGUCUAAAACUUGCGAUCAAAGGUUUGACUGCAGAUUGUAAUUACUUCAAAGCUCGUGUUUUAAUAUCAGAGAUUUUGAAAUUUUCACCAACUUUAAAAUCAGAAAUACCUGUUGAUCUUGAUUAUCUAAUCGAUUGUAGUUCUGCAGAUGAUUUGACAAGAAAAACAAAAAUUUUAGACAAACUCAACAAGACGAAACAACUUCGUGAUGGACAAAAGAAGACUGAAACUCAGCAAGAAAAUGUUCGAAAAUCUCUGCUAUUAGACCUCAAUAUCGAAACGAUUUCGCUACAAUCCUUGAUUUCAGCUUUAAUAGUUGUUAAUAGUGAAAUCGAAAAACAAAAACUCAACCUUAGUACAUUUAUACCAUUGAAGAUCACUGGCAAUCCUCUUUCUAAUCCUCUGUCCAAUGCUAAUACGAUUUCUUCUAAAGGAAACCUUAAUCAAAAUAAUAAACGAAAGAGCCAAGGUCAUGAUCCUUCAGCGAAACGAAAAUCGGGCGAAGAUUUACAGCCGAAAGAUCCAAUAGCCAUCAGCAUGUACGAAAAGAUAUUCACAAUGUUACCAGAAAGUAUUUUAACACGUGAAAUAGUCCAAGAAGAGGAGUUACAGGUACAAACAAAGAACGAAGCUCAAGUGGAACAUUUAAUUUUAACCGUUACCUCUCGAAACAAAUACCAUUCAUCUCAAAAGGCAGACAAGUUCAUCUGCUUAUUGCUGAUCUUUUAUGUUAAUAGCAAACGAAGCCACUGCAAUCAAAUUACCUUCUAA